AUGGAGGAUUCCUCAAACCCCAUAGUUGAAGAAAGAGUAGAGUUGAUGGUUUCACGAUAUAAUAAGAGCCACGAACUAAGAACAGCCCAUUUCAUCACACCUUCGAUACUAGACUCAAGCUCCAUUGAUGGAACACCAAUUCCUAACCUUUCCUCUUUGCCAAGCACUUUUGAUCCCAGAACUUGGCCCAUCGAAGCAAAUUUCUAUGGCUGGAGGAAACCACAGAAGGAAUGGAAAUUGUGGGUCGUCAAGAUGGCUUCUUUACACGAGUCCACAUGGAAGAAGGCUGGUAUUUUCGAAGCUAUCAUGAACUCAACGUACCAUAUCGAAAGAAACAACGAUAUGGUGUUUGGGGUUGCCAAGAAAUGGUGCCAUGAAACCAAAAGCUUCGUUUUCCCAUGGGGCGAAGCGACGGUUACAUUGGAAGAUAUCAUGGUAAUCGGGGGAUAUUCCGUUUUGGGGUCCCCUGUUUUUGCCCCUGUUGAAUCGGAGGAAAUGGGGGAGAGUCGGAAGAAACUCGAAAACUCGAGGAGAGAACUCAACAAGAGUUCACAUAAGAAGGCGAGUCAGAGUGUAUGGUUGAAGAAGUUUAUGAACAGCGGUAGCGAGAUCGAGCACGAGGCGUUUCUGGCAUUGUGGUUGUCGAGGUUUGUUUUUCCAUCUGCUUUUCAAGUUGUGGUUAACACUGUUUUCUCCAUUGCUGUACACCUUGCUAGAGGAACUAGAAUUGCACUUGGACCUGCUGUUCUUGCUAAGAUUUAUAUUGAUUUGAGUUGUUUAAAACGAAAAGUCGUUGCUUCGACACGGUUAGAUGCCGAUUGUGAUGAUGGAAUUGUUGCAGUUGCACUGUGGUCACCACUUCAACUAGUCCAGGUCUGGGUUUGGGAGAGAUUUCCGGGAUUAUGUCCAAGUCCGAGGCCAAAUUCGAUCGAUAACAGUGAGCCGAGGCUGGCCUUAUGGCAUCACCUCAAGUGUAAAGUGCAAGAUGUGAGGUCAGUUCUGGAUUCAGCCAAGGAAAGUUUUGUGUGGCGCCCUUAUGUUAAUGAUGUCGAGUUUUAUGGAGAUACAGCGAAGUGGAUCUCGGUUGAUUCGAGUUUAGACUACGAAUUGCUGUCCUUGGCUCGGAGUUUGAGGGUUUCGGAGCUGGUUGGACUUGACUGUAUCGAGCAGUACUUUCCGCACCGAGCAGCAUUCCAAUUCGGAAUGGAUCAAGACAUUCCCGGUCAUGUUCCACGAUCAAACAAUAGUGCAUGGGCUAAUUACAACACUCCCAUUGCAGGUGGGAAGUUGUACAUUCCUUCCAGGGUCUGCGAGGGAGAAGUUACUAGUCGAUACUUGAACUGGUGGAAGCAAUCUACGAUGACCCUGCAAGAAGGAAGUAAAGAUGUGUUACGAAAGCAAAGAAGUUUUACGAUGACACCGAAGAGAACAUCGAUAUCAAGUGAAAGUUAUGCGUCCAUAAAUUUUAAGACGAUUCUGAAGAGCUUGAAACGAUCGGGGGAAGAUGAUACUUGCAGUGGUUUCAAGACACCACCAAAGGACUUAAACCAAUCUCGGCUGCUUAAACGAAAGGAAAAAGGUAACAAAGCCAGCUCCGAUCUUGGUUCUGCACUGAAAAGAUUGAAACAGUCAACUCAAUGUCCAAAACAGCAGAAGGAAGCUUGCAAUGCAAGUUAUGUCGCUCGAAGCUCAUCGAUGCCGACAGGUCCAGCAUUUGGUUCGGAAGUAAACAAUGAAAGUCAGAAUGAGACUAUUUCAUCAAGAUCUUUUUCCAAGGCUUUAAAAGAAUCACAGCCGGAUUUUGUAAUUCAGAGGGAACUGAAUAAUUCUCCAUUUCCUCCUGGUUUUCCUCCCAAAUAUUCUCUUAAUGGAGAUAAGGUAACUGCAGCUGCCGCGGUCCAUCCCAAUUUCACCCCCAAAAGUUCUAUUAAUGAAGAUAAAGCUAGUUCCACAGGUCCUCCUGGUUUUCCUCCCAAAUGCAAUAGGGUGGAAGUAAAGGGUAUUGUUGAUGUCAAAGAUUUUGAUGAAGAUGAAGGGACUGCAACAAUUGAUAGCUCUGCCAUGAAUUAUGGCAGUGUGGGGAAUAAAGUGGAUGGAAAUCAUUCGGCAAGUCAUCGUGGAAGUUUAUCUUUGGAUUCUGAUGAAGAUCAACUGACAAUAUCGGAAAUGUUGAACUGUAAUAGGAAGAUCAAUGAUAUCGGCUGCCGAGGUGCGCUAGAUAACUCAUCGGGACAAUGUUCAGUUGCAGAUGAUGAGCUCCCAAGAUGCGAGCUGAUAACAACACUAGGAGCGACAAACGCUGCAAAUGAAGCUGCAAUCGGCAUUAACGACGAUUGUCCAAAUGAAACACCAUGGCUACGUCUCGAAGAGCGAAUAAGCAGGCUGGAAAGAUUGGCUACUAAAACGAAAGCAAUGCUUUUUGGUAACAUCUGA